AUGACAAACCCACAAGACAAUCCUGGAACUCCUCCACCACCCACUCCCUCUAAUUCAUCUAGCUCUCCUCCACUUAGUACAUCUCCCAAACCCAGGCUGAGAAGGGUGAAAAUGCUUGCUCAGAAAACAGUUGGGGCAAGUUAUGAUCCAAAGAAACGAAGAACUCUCACACCAAAAACCCUCAGUGCUCCUAAACCCUCCAAGAAAAGAAAGGCUUCAUCCCCAACAACUACUAAAAUUUCAUUACCAAAGGGAAGAGCUACAAGAAGCAGGGUGAAACAUAGUGAGAGUGAUCUCCAAAAGGCUCUAGCUGAAAGUAAGAAGAAAAAGAUGGCUAAAAGAAAAGGGAAGGUUGCAGAGUCCUCAGAGGCUGUGGAAGUUGAGGAGAUGGAACAGGUCCAUUAG